CUCCGUUCAGGUGACAGCUGUAUCAAACCGCCAACUCCAAUGGCGGACGCUGAAACCCUCAAACCUCACACCAAUGUUGACAUCAAGUCCAUUCAGAAGAUUCCAGCCGAUUUCGCGUCGGAGGAGCCGUUCAGGGAGCAGACGGUCGCUUUCCCGUUCUUCCGACGGCUGUCUCAAAGGAAGGAGAGCACGUGGAUUGUGUCCGUGUUCGUGAUUUUGCAUCUCAUCGCCUUUUGCGGCGCCAUGAUCGUCAACGAUUGCUGGGGAAAUUCGAACGCGCAGUGUGUUUUCAAGCAGCUCGGAAGGUUUUCCUUUCAGCCGCUUUCCGAGAAUCCGCUGCUCGGCCCCUCGGCUUCCGGGCUAGAUGCAGCAGGGGCUCUUCGUCUGAGAUAUUUGGCAAGAGAUCAUCAAUUGUGGCGUGUGUUCUCUAGCUCGUGCUUGCAUGCAGGGGUUUUCCACCUCGUCAUCGGUCUCACUUGCGUCAUUUUCGUUGGAGUUCACUUGGAGCAAGAGUUUGGAUCAUUAAGAAUAGGGAUUGUCUACGUACUUUCUGCACUUAUCGGUGGUCUGUUAGCUGCUCUAUUUCUCCAAGAUCGACCAUCAGUUAGUGCCUCGGGACCAUUAUUCGGUUUGCUUGGUGCAACAUUAUCAGGGCUCAUCCAGAACUGGAAGGUCUAUUCCAGAAAGUUUGCAAGUCUUGUGGUCUUUCUCGUCAUCUUGAUGUUAAAUUUCAUGAUUGGGCUGAUGCCACUUGUCAACAAUUUUUCAAACAUUGGAGGGUUUAUCACGGGGUUCCUUGCUGGUUUUAUGCUUCUUCUCAAGCCUCAAGUGGGGAAAGUUUGUCCAAACAAAGGUGGUAUAUUCGAUUAUGAUGUAAAGAAGUCGGUCGAAAUAAAACGGAAGUUGGACAAGCCAGUCUUGAGGAUCAUUUGUCUUGUGAUCUUCAGUUUUCUAGUUGUGGGAGUUGUUUUCGGCCUUCUUGAAGGGGUUAAUGUGAACAAAUAUUGUGGGUGGUGCAAUUACAUCGACUGUGUCCCCAUCAAGUGGUGGAGCUGCAGUGACAAGACAAUGAACUGUGAGACCAUGAGAAGUUCAGAGCAGUUGACUUUGACUUGCUCAGACAACGGCAAGUUUAGAGUGUUCCCCUUUGCCAAUGUCUCAAGUGCAAGACUGGAGGACCUCUGCAAUUUAAUAUGCUCAUGAAGAAGAUUGUCCUUUUUCCUGUACGGCGAGACAUGGUAGAAGAAUAUACACGCAGACAUUGAGAAGUACAUAUGUAGAAAUUCGCGUUUGGGAGCUUCUGAGAUAGAAUUUACUAGCCUAAAAUGCCGAUAUUCUUUCAUCUGAUCAUCAUUUUUUUUUCCUGGAUAAUAGAAAGUGUUUCUCGGGAUAUCUUUGUAUUGCAGUUCCUACACGUGUAUUCUUGUAUCAUGUGUAAGCAAACUUGAACUAAUUGGCCAUGAUACUUGUUAAUAAGAGUAGAAAUUAUGUGACAAAUAGACAGAACUGCUACUGCAGGUAUUGACCUUGUUUCAUUAAGAAAAUGGCAACAGGCUUUUUAUGUCUUGAAAAGUG